CACCACGUCCCUUCCUCUUUCUUCUUGUUCCUUUCUUCCCUCCCUUCCUCCAUGGCUAUGGCUUCCUCGUCCAAACUCUAGCGCCGGCUACUUCCACUUCAUACACACAUUCCUUCUAAUGUUAUGAUUUUCUUUCUGUUCUUUCUUUUCCGCUUUUCGAUCAUGGCGAAUUGAUGUUUGUCUCGAGUUAUGAACCGAAUGUCCGCAGAUUUUUUCUUGCGGACAGCGGAGAGAUUCGAGAUGAUGGAAUGUUGUAGAGAUAUUCGUUGUUUAUUCUGCUUUUUUGGUUGCGUAUUUCUGUGAAGAUAAACAAUUCCUGGUUCAUUCGUCGUUUUCCAUAGAAGAAAAACGGUAGAACGACGUUUGAUGAUAUCCAUGGACUUUUUCUGAUUUCUACGCGUUUACGUUGAUAUUAUGGCGCUUUGUAUGGAGAAGGAGAAGGAGACGGAGAUGGAGAUGGAGAUGGAGAUGGAUGAAGAAAUGGAAGAGGUUACUGAUCAGCCAUUUGAUUCGGAUGAGAUUGAUUUCGAUUACGAGUUUGAUGCCGCCAUGUAUUACGAUUUCACUCGCCCCGAGACAGAGAUGGAGAUGAGAGGAGCCGAGGAUUGGUUUAAAUUCGCUGGAACCUAUCCACCUUCUCCAUUCGUCGUAAAAUUGACUGGGGAAAAAGAGGCGCGGGCAGAGUGCACCUCUAUUGAACUCAAAGGUGUCCAGAACAACCGGGAGGACCCUGAAAAUUCAGGAAUUAAUAUGGAGUCUACUGUCAAGGUAAAUCUACCAAGGUGUUCAAGUUUUAUGAAACCAACUGCAAGCUAUUUGGCCAAGCAAAAUCAACCUCGAGGAAUACACUCCACCACAGUUUUGCGAAGGUGAUGAUCAUAUCUUAAAAUAAUUCUUGACUGGCAUUAAUGAUGUUUGUAGUCUUUUCAAA